AUAUUUUUCCUGUUUUUGCAUAGGAUAUCCUGAAAUCUGAGGACAAAAUGGCAGCCAAUGACAGCAUUCUCAAUUCAGCUUACCUGGCUGUUGAAUACAUAGACUCUUUUCUACCUGAAAACCCUCUUCAACUGCCUUUCAGAUAUGCUUGGACUUACAUGCUGGACAACUACACCAAGUUUCAGAUAGCUACAUGGGGAUCACUCAUCGUUCACGAGCUCAUAUAUUUCGUGCUCUGCCUUCCUGGCUUUAUUUUUCAGUUUAUACCUUUCAUGCAAAGGUUCAAAAUACAACAGGAUAAACCCGAGACAUGGGAGAGUCAGUGGAGGUGCUUCAAGGUGCUUCUUUUCAACCAUUUUUGCAUCCAGCUUCCUCUGAUAUGUGGAACAUACUAUUUUACAGAAUUCUUCAAUAUUCCCUAUGACUGGGACACCAUGCCUCGGUGGUACAUGCUCGGUGCGCAAUGCUUUGGUUGUGCUGUUAUUGAAGAUACGUGGCACUAUUUCCUUCAUCGAAUCUUGCACCACAAGAGGAUCUACAAAUACAUCCACAAAGUACACCACGAGUUCACGUCUCCUUUUGGAAUGCAAGCAGAGUAUGCACAUCCCCUGGAAACACUGAUACUUGGUACAGGGUUCUUUAUUGGGAUCAUGGUCUUCUGCAAUCACGUCAUUCUGCUGUGGGCAUGGGUGAUGUUCAGAUUGAUGGAAACAAUAGAUGUUCACAGUGGAUAUGACAUCCCUCUGAAUCCCCUACACCUGGUUCCCUUCUACGCAGGAGUACGCUUUCAUGAUUUUCAUCACAUGAACUUUGUUGGUAACUACGCCUCAACUUUUACAUGGUGGGACAAGCUCUUCAACACAGAUUCCCAGUACAAUGCCUACCAUAACAAACUCAAAUCACAAGAAAGAAAGAAAACAAAAUAAAUGUAAUUUCACAGAUAGAAACCUAAAUUUUCCAACAUACGGAUUGCAAAGUAUUUUUAACAAAUCCUGAACGCUAUAACAAAUGGAGGCAAAGUUCUUUUUGUAAAAACAAAAGACUUGUAUAGCUUGCCUGUGGAUAGAAAUCCCCCAUAACUGUGGAAAUCCAUCACAAAUCCUUAUUGCCUCAUUACCUUAAUAAGAACUCUGUUUAAAGAGAACUGUUAAUGAAACAAUUGCUGCUUUACAAUAACAAUAUGGCACCCAGGUGGAUCAAAGGAGGCAAACAUCAAGAAAACUUCGUCUAUGUGAUGAAGAACAUGUUUCAUGCAUUCCCAAAUGUUUGGUUGUUUUAUUUUUUUACAUAGUACAUAUUUUAAUUAUUUAAUAGUUUUGAUUGAAAUGUAUUGUGCCUCCAAAUUUAAUUACAAAUAUGUUAGGUGUGGCAAUCAAGACAUGUAACUGCAGUAUCCCACAUUAGGUUUGAUCUUCUUUUUUCGCACUUUAAAAUUAAACAAAACAGUUUAUCAUUUAAACAAAUCGGUGCUUUCAGGGGGGUAAGAACGGCAGAGACGAAAAAAUAUUUUUAGGAAUCCAGAUUUGUGAGUGAAAUUUGGAAGGGGUUUACCCUGUUGGUUAGUAUCUUCUACAAAACUAAAAUUGGUGACUUAACAUGUUUUUGUUUGAUGCAAUGUAUUGGCCAUCAUUUAUGUUAGGACAUUGCAAAGCACCAUUGUUUAUAUUUGUUUUUAUUUCUUUUUUUCCAGUUUUAAAUGUUCAAAUAAAUGUAAUUUUAACAAA